AUGGCACAAGGGAUCAGACUAAAUUUCCGGCAAGGUUCUUUUUCGGCCGGCAAUGAAAGCUAUCACGGACAUCUUCCAGUUAGAAUUGUGCUAAUCGAACAGAAAUUAAGUUUGCGAAUCACUGCUUUAUCCUUGCAUUACUUUGACGGUUUUGUUGAAAUGGCUGAAACGUUACUGUUGUUAUGUGAAAGUAAGAGUUUGGAAGAAUUAGAGUAA